AUGAAUACAUUCUGCCUCUUCCCAGCCGAUGUCCCUGGUAGUCUCUACAGAGUCCAAUAUGGGGAUUCUAUGACGACCUAUGAUAUAUAUGAGGGGCUCGAGGCAGUUGAUACCGUUACGUUGUAUGAUGAUGGAGGGGACGAACAGGAAGAAGACGAUACUCUCCAAGAGUUUGGUGACGCAGUAGAGCAGCAUUUGAGCUGGGACACUGAUUAUGAGAGCAUUUUCAUCUCGCUCUUUUCUCAGAGAAGACAUGCUGAAAAUUGGAUGCUGGACAGGCAUACCCGUUUUGGCAGCAGAAACUGCACUCUCCUUCAGAUUGAUACGUCGGCUCUUAACGGCUCUUUUAUUUUCCGUGCUGAGGAGAUUGUUCAUGAACUUUCGUUGUCGAUUCCUGAGGCAGCCCAGGCGAGUGUUGCUAGGGAGUAUCUUAUCGCGCAUUACAUACCCCCGCGUGCUAUCAUAAGAAGUCAAACCGCCGAUGAAAUUCACGCAGGUAAGAUCAAGCCUUUCUCGGUGGGUUCUGAUGUGGCUUGGGAGCCAACGGUGCUGUGUUUCAGGAUCUUGGACCUUGAAGCCAAAAAAUACUAA